AUGCAGCUCUUCAUACGCGCCCAGGAACUCCACACCCUUGAGGUGACCAGCCAAGAAACGGUCUCCCAGAUCAAAGGUCAUGUGACCUCACUGGAAGGCCCUGCCCUGGAGGAUCAAGUCCUGCUUCUGGCUGGCUCACCACUGGAGGAUGAGGCCACCCUAGUCCAGUGUGGCAUGGAAGCUCUGACUACUUUGGAAGCAGCUGGCCACAUGCUGGAAGGUAAAGUUCAUGGUUUCCUGGCCCGUGCUGGGAAAGUAAGAGGUCAAACUCCCAAGGUGGCCAAACAGGAGAAGAAGAGGGCCUGCUCCAGCAAUGGUUGGGCUGGCUCUGGUGCAUGUCAGUGGCUUAACCCUGCAUCUGUGGAUGUUGCUGGCUUGAGCCUGGUCUUGUGGAAGUGCCUGGCUUGGGCCAAUCCUGCGAGGUCGCUGGCCUGA